CAGCAAACGGAAGUGUGUGUGUUAUUGAAGGAGCAGCUGGUGCUAUAGAGCUGCAGAAGGAUGUUAAUGUGUGAACGGGACAAAACCGCGGCGGUUAAUUUAUUAGCGUAAGUCAUGAAUGGACUACGAGUUGCUUCGGUCACUGGGAGCUGACAGUCAGAAGAGUGACUGAGUUUGAAUGUUUUAUAAAGCAGGCGAACAGCUGGCGUGUUCAUGAACAGUGAUGGAGUUGUCUCAGAGGGACAGGCUGUCGGAGCUGGUGGAGGAGCUGACCACAUCAGGACAGCCACAGCUCAACCAGGACAAGAUGAAGGAAAUCAAAAAAAUCUGCAAAGGGUCUAAUGACUGCAUAGACCACGUGUACCACUCAGUGAUGUCCCAGCUCAACCAGGAACAUGCAGAGAUCCGACUGUCUGCCUUACAGAUAGCCAGUGAGCUCUUCUCCAGAUCACAUCACUUUAGAACCCUGCUGGUGGACAACUUCCAGGAGUUCUUGGAGUUGACAGUUGAGACUGACUCGGAGCAGCCACUGCCCCCUCCUAAAGAAGUAGCCCGGAAACUGAGGUCACUGGCCAUCCGGGCUGUCCAAUCAUGGCAGGCCUCUUAUGGGACGGCGUAUAAGAAGUUAGCUCUGGGCUACCACUUUCUCAAACAGGUUAAGAAGGUGGACUUCCAGGAUGCUGAGGCCAGGACGGUAGCAGAGAGGAGGAGGGAUGAGGAGAGACAGAGGAAGAUGGAGAGGAUCUACAAGGAGAGAGUGGAGGCAGCCUCCACAGACAUGGAGGAGUCCUACCCAGACAUUGAGGCAACACUGACAGAGAUGGAAACCUGUAUGAGGCUGCUUCUCCCCGAGUUUGACCUUACAGGCAUCCAGACAACCAAUAGCAGCCCCCCAAUCUCCCAAACAGCCCAUGAUUGUCCACCAGUCCACGAACAGCCCUGCUGCAGCAAAGACCUGAAGGAUGACGGGAGUGAAAGAAUGAUAGAAAAGAAGGAGGAGAGCAAGGAAGAAAAGAAAAACGAUGGAGGGGAAGAAGAGGGGAAGGAGAGGUCUGAUGAUGAGGAGAGGGGGGAUAAAGAGAGGAGCGAUGGGCAUGAGCAGGAGGAGGUAAAGGGACAGGAAGAAGAAGAAAAUGAGGAAGAUCAGGAGGGAAGUAGUGAAGAGGAGGAGGAGGAGGAGGAGGAGGAGGAGAAGAAGCAUCUUGAUAAAGACUUGUUUAUUCGGAACUCUGGGCUCAUCUCUCACGCCUACAGUCUGGACCUGAACCUCAGUCCUGGUCUUCAUGUUAAGGAGACUGAGGACAAUGAGGCGGUGGUUUCCACGGUGAUAGACCUCCACAAACUGAUAAAAACCAAACACCUACCUGCUGUGCAGGGCUGGGUUCAGGUCUUCACCAAGUCAGGUGCUGAGGAGCAGCUGUUGAGAAGAGCACUGGAUCUGAAGAAGUCUUUAGAAGCUGCCCUGGAGAAACACAAAGAGCUUCACAUUGAUUAUAAGACCAGGAUGCGCAGAGUGAUGAAGGCCUCUUCAGACGGAGAUGAAGAGGACGACGAUGAGGAUGAUUUCGAUGAGGUUCCAGAGAAGGAGGGUUAUGAGCCGCACAUUCCAGAGCAUCUACGAGCCGAGUAUGGUUUGGAUCCAACUCCUUCCACCUCAACAGCACCACUCCCAAAUAAACCUCCUGCUAAAAGACCUGCAGCUCCACCCCCUCUGUCCUCCACCUCCUCCCCCCCGUCCUCCUCCAGGCGGCUAAAGCGACUCACAGAGGAGGAGCAGGAUCCAACAUGUGCAGCCGCUACGCUGCGCCUCCUCAGACAGAACCUCCCUCCGCCUGCAGAACCCAGCAGCAGCUCCUCAGGUCCCAGUUCAGACCAGUCCAGUUCAGACCAGAAGGCUGCUGAUGCUCCUGUGGUUCCAUUUGGUUUAGACCUGUACUACUGGGGCCAGGAGCAGCCCAACGCUGGCAAGAUCAUCAAGUCUGCCUCUCAGCAUCAGUUCUGGGUUCACGCCGAGGUGGAGGAGGAGGUGGAGAACAAGGAGCUCCUGGCAGAGAGCAGGAGCAGAUACAUCUCCUUUCCUGGGAGCUUCACUCCUGUCAGCCAUCACUGCAGAGCUCCACUGGGCAACGGAAACCUGUGUCAGAGGCAGGACCGCCACAAGUGUCCAUUCCAUGGCCGGAUCGUUCCUCGAGACCAGGAGGGUCGACCCUGCAGGCGGGAGGACCGACUGAGGGAGGAGCAGGAGGAGAGGAGGAAGAGGGAGGAGCAGCCUGACUGGCGUGAUGCAGAUCUGAUGCGAGACAUCGAGGCGGCAACCGGAGAAGACCUGGGUUCCGACAGGGUGGGCAAAAAAGGGAAAGGGAAGAAGAAGAAAUACCCCCACCUCAGUGAUCUGAAGCAGAGCGCCAACACGUCCCGCUCCAGGCUGGAGAAGAAAGUCUUCAACAAGAGCACCAUGCGCAGAGUAGCUGAGGUGCUGAGUAAAGCCGACAGCAGAAAACACGACAAGUUCUCUAACCAGUUCAACUACGCUCUCAAGUGACCUCCGACCACAUGAAUAUUAUAUUAUUUAACUUAUUGAUGUGCACAUACAGUAUCUGAAGAGAUCAAUAUGAUAUUUAAAACACAAUUAAGUAUCAGAAAAUACAAAUGGAAUUUCUUUUGGUCUAAUUCUUCAGCUGAAUCUUGCCUUUGUAUCAGCCAAAUCCAGUUUUCAUUAUGUGUAACUGAAUUUUUACUCUUUUUCCCUAGUAUUUUCUAGCUGAAUGUGUUGUUUGUAUUUGUUUAAAGCUGUGUGUCCUAAAUAAACAUGAGGCAGGUUAAAAAGAUUUGUGCCACAAGUAAACUGUAAAUCUUUCCCCAGC